GAUAGAGAUAGAGAGAAGAUAGUUAGAUACAGUGUAGAUAGAGAUAAUAAUAAAGUAGAUAGACCUAGAGAUAGAGAAAAUUGAUAGAUAUAUAGAGAAGAUAGCGAUAGAUAGAGACAGAUUUAGAGAAAGAGAAAUUAGAGAUACUAGUUAUAGAGAUAGAGAAGAUAGUAGAUAGACAUUGAGAGAAAAGAUAGAAAUAGAAACAGUAGAAAUAGAAGAGAGUGUGAUAGAGACAGAGUGAGACAGAGAGUGCAAGGAGGGAGAGUGAGAGAAAGAGAGAGACUGUGUGUGUGUGUGUGUGUGUGUGUGUGUGUUUGUGUGUGUGUUUUUGUUUGUGUGUGUCUGUUCGUUCCAUAUCCUGAUUCCUCACCCACUAAGGGAUUGCCUUGUUUUUCGCAUCUUCGAGAAGCUCUCAGAGGAAUUCCCUCGGCUUCAACAUGGGGAAGAAAACUCAGAUAUUGCCCCACGACUUGGUCCCGGAGGAGAAGAGCUUUUUCCAGAAGGCCAAAUCCCUUUUCCCAGGUCCCCCUCAUCGGGUUACUCCCUGCUCCUCAAGCAGUGAUGAGCAAGUGCUGGAUGUGGAGGGCCAGAACGGCAUCCCGGCUGCCGCCUCAGCAAGGCAGGAGGAGGAGGUAGCGGGCCCAUCCUGGGGGCCAAGUUCAGCUUUGGCGGCUCCUUCUAGUUCGCUGGAAGUUCCCCUGCUUCUGGAGGAACUAUUCCCUCCUGGUUUGCCCAGGGUCCUGGAGAAAGUCAUGCAGGCCUGGGCUGACAAGAGCCACAGGGACACAAGAUCCGAGACAUCCUCCUCCGAGAUCACCUCGGAAUCCUCUUCCACAUGGGACCAAGGGGACGAUUCUGAAGCCGAGGAAGAACAAACGCGAGUCAUCUCGAUCAAAAAGACCUUUGGUGAUCCAAGCAGCAAGAAAGUGCAUCCAGCCCCUCCCACAGAAUGCACCACGUGCCAGGAAAUGCCCCACGAGCCCUCCUUCAAUUGGCCCCUAGCAAAAGAUGCUCAAGGCCAACAAGAGAGCCCAGCCUCUUCCCCCGCCAAAGGCAGGCAAGGGCUCUGGAAAAGGAGAGGCAAAGUCCAGCCAGCCUUGGAUGCCAAGUCUAAAACAACUCCGAGGACGGACCGCGAGCAAUCCUCUUCAAGCGCCCAGAGACAAGGCCCAGAGACAAACCGAGGUUGCUUUCGGGGCUUUUGGAGAAGUUUAUUCUCUGGAGGACGGUAGGGAGGGCUUGGAGCCUAGACUCCAGUUCCAGCUCUCCCCAUUUCCCCCUCCCCCCCAAAGAGAAGAAGUGUGUGAAGGGACCCCUUUCAAUCAAAAAUUCGAGGUAGCACAGGGGUCCUCCAGACCAACCAAAAAAGUGAAGAAAGCCUCUGGGCUGGACGUGAACGUGUCUGAAGAGGGCAACAUGUGGGGGCUAAAUCCACAGAAGAAGUGGGGACUCCUGGUCUAGCUGGGAGGGGCUGGAGCCUCAGCAGAAGCACAGAGUGUUUUAUCUCCCAAACUCUCUGAGAGUCAAGUUGAAGUCUGAGAGCUGGAGGCCUGAGUGAAGCUGGCCUGAGUGGGAUGGCAGCCGGGCCCAGCGGUGCCACUGACUACCUGAAGACCUGGCCCUGGAAAGAAGGAACCAGCCGGCAGUGGGUACAGGGCCAGUGGGGCAAGGAUGCAGCUGGCUGCCACGAUUUGUAGGAGAGGGGACCUCUUGCUUUAGGGGUUCCUGGUCAGAGAUUUUGGGCUUCCUGCUCAAAAGGAAACACUGAACAGAAGCUUGAGGAACUUUGUCACACACCACAAUUAGAGGUGCUUAACAUUCUUGUUUACAAAAUUGCACUUGCAAAGAAGCCUCCCACCAUUCAGAUAUAUAGUGGGAACAGGAAAAAGGAGAAUUCAUCUUCAGAGGUGGACAUUGAAGCAAAAAAGUUUUUACCCUCAAAAGAAAUGUGCAAUUGCUGCAAACCAAAAGGCAAUAAAUAGAACUAACUCAAAAAAGAAUGUAAAAAUCAAAGGAAAUUGAGGAAAAUGUAACCAAAAAAAAAAAAAAUCACUCCAAAGAAAAACAAAAUCAUAUGGGGAAAAAAAAAUGGAAACAAAUCUGCAACCCAGGAUAGGAAUCUCAAGAUGAAAAUGAUGUUUUGAAAAAUUUAGAUCAGCAAAGGGAUGCCAGGGAAAUGCUGAAAAUCAAGAAAUAAUCAAACAAAUUGGCAAUAUUGGAAAUAAAUAGAACAAUGUGAAAGCUAAAAGACAGAGCUGGAGAACAGAUUAGAAGAAAAUAGAAAAGCAUAGAAAUUGAGUCCCGGAAAAGUGUGACCAUAAAAAGAAACUUCCAAGAAGGAACCAGCCCCCAAUGGGUACAGAGGCAGUGGGGCAGGGUUGCAGCUGGCUAUCAGUAUUUGCAGGAGAGGGAAACCCUUGCUCUGGGGUUCCUGUUUUGGGGGUUUUGGAGUUACCGGUCACAAGGAAACAGUGAAGGGAAGCUUGAGGAACCUUCCCGGCACACCACAGAGGUACUUAAUCUCUUUUCUCAAAAAUGUUUCUGCAAAGAAGAAUCCCACCAUUGAAAUAUAUUAUGGGAACAGGGAAAAGGAGAGUUCAUCUUCAGACACUUAAGUAAAAAAGCUUUUACCCCAAAGAGUAAUGUGCAAUGGCUGUAACGCUUAAGAAAAUAUGUAGAACUUAAAAAAGAAUUUAAAAUCAAA